AUGUCUAACGAACAAACUUUCAUUGCCGUCAAGCCAGAUGGCGUCCAGCGAGGACUUGUUGGAGACAUCAUCUGCCGAUUUGAGAAGCGAGGCUACAAGCUGGUUGCUCUGAAGAUGGUCUCCCCAUCCAAGGAGCACCUCGAGAAGCACUACGAGGAUCUCUCAUCGAAGCCUUUCUUCAAGGGUCUCGUUACCUACAUGCUGAGCGGACCAAUUGUCGCCAUGGUCUGGGAAGGACGUGAUGCUUGCAAGACCGGCCGCUCCAUCCUCGGUGCUACCAACCCUCUCCAAUCCGCCCCAGGCACUAUCCGUGGUGAUUAUGCCAUCGAUGUCGGUCGCAACGUCUGCCACGGCUCUGACGGUGUUGAGAGCGCAAAGAAGGAGAUUGCUUUGUGGUUCACGCCAGAAGAGGUCCAAAGCUGGAAGUCUGCUCAGUUUGACUGGAUCUAUGAGAAGCCAUAA